AUGUUGAAAGACAGUGGAUCUGGUUCGUUAUCAAAGUCAAAAACUCAUUCAUCAUCAAAUAAGAGGAUAUCAUCUAAAGAUAAGCGUAUUUUGAAACAAAUAUAUUUUGCAGGUACAUGCCGUAUAUAUCUUUAAAAUACUAAUUAAAAAUUCGUACGUAAACCUUGUGGCAAAUCAUGUCAUCCAUAAUAUGUCACGUGAAGCAAUUUUAUAGCUGAUAAAACUUAUCUUCAUUCGUUAUAUAAUUGUUUAUAUAAUUUAUUCGUUAUAUAAUUGUUCAUCCUAAUUAGUAUGAUUAUAUAAUUGUGCAUCCUAUAAUUAGUAUGAUUAUAUAAUUGUUCAUCCUAAUUAGUAUUCUUUUGUAGUCGUAUUUUAAGCUAUUCAAAACACUCGAACUCGCAUUUUAUCAUAUCUAAAACACUCGGCUGGGCCUCGCGUUUUAAAUAUGAUAAAACACUCCUUCUCGUAUUUUAAAUACUACAUAAAAUGUAUUUUUAUUUUUGCUUCUGCUUUAAUUUCUAUUCCAUGCCAACAUUAGCAUUUUCCAUUUUCUUUGGAAUCUUAUCACCGCGUAUACCCUUAAAAUAAGCAAUUUAAAAUAGGCGAAAUACUAUAUUUGGGCGUCACCGAGCCAAUGCAUAUAGAUAUUUUAUAAACAAUACAUCGUGCAUCUAAUUAUUAUGCAAUUCAAAAAUUGAAGCCGUGAUUGAAAACUUAGGAUAUUCCCAUGAAAUGAGAAGAUUCGUACGUUUUCUAUUUCUUAAACAGGGAAGUUAAAUAUUAUGUUAAACCUAUUCCAAAUACAUUUUUAAACUAUUCAAAUAAUAAAAGUUAGUAUAAUUACAUAGGUGAUUAUUGAAAAUUCUCCACGCUGAUUGGUUGCCGUUGAGGUGAUUAUUACGCGAUAAUCACCUAAGCUAUUUUCAAAAUGGCGGCCGAAGCCUUUUUGUCAAUUAAAUGACGAAGAGAUGUGUAUUUUUUUAUUUUUUCCAUAUAAUCACCUAUGAAAUUAUACUAAAACAAUUAUUCACCUCAGGCUCGGUGAUUAUCGUGAAUAAAAACCUCGACUUCGUCUCGGUUUUUAUUCACCGAUAAUCACCUCGCCUUCGGCGAAUAAUUGUUAAUUAUUGUUGUUUUUUAAGCGUUUAUUAGCGAGUGUCAAAUGGUAUAACAUGCAUGCACUGGAAUAUUCUUGGCUUCAUUUUUACUAAAAGAGAUGCGCUAUCUAGUGUAUAUAAGAUAUCUAUAAGCCAAUGCUGUUUGUUCAAUAAUCAUUAUAUGCUGGAUUUUACAGUGGCGUGCUGGCAGGGGGGGCCGGGGGGCCACGCCCCCCCAGCUGGCAAUUCUUGGAGGGCGCAAAAAUGAAAAGGGGGCGCCAAAUUUUGAAAGUGGGUGGGAAAAAACGCAUUUGCAAAAAUAUAGUUACUUCCGCCAAGAAAAGAUGUGUUUAAUUCAUGGGCUUAUAGACAGACUGAGCGCAUAGACUGCAACAAAGUGAUACAUUAAAUUGCAGACUAUUUUGUCUAACCGUAUUUGCUAAUUUGCUAGCCUACCUCACGGCUCACACAAAAUCGUUCAUAUAUGAUCAGUGAUCACACGCAAUGUCUCAUUGCCGGAAUAUUGGUCAGGUUUCGGAGCGGUCACGGGAAUUAUGCCCUUUUUUUGCUGGUAUUAUGCCCUUUAUUAUGCAUCACGAGAGCGGCGCAAAUUAGAUAGUUUUUAUAUGAUAAUUUUAAGUUGUGUACGCAAUUUAGUUGUUUGUGCAAGAAACAUCAUGACUCAUGAGUAAUGUAAGUAAUAAGAUGAUGCUGAAACGCGCCCUUUUGGCAGCCAAGCAAGGAAACCUUAAAAUGCAUAUGCGUGGGGUCCGUGUGUUAUUGUAUAAAGGAGCUGUAAGUUGUAAAUCUAUUCAGAUCACUAGAUCAGUAGAGAAUAUAAUUGGGAUUAGAUUAAUCGCUGGAAUUAGUCAGCAUUGCCCAAUUCAAGUACUACUACUAAAUUCUAUAACCAAAUUGCAAAUUUCGACGUUAUAAUCCCGUUUCCUGACCAUCAGAUUUCUGUCAAACCUUCCCCACAAAGUCCAGGAAAUGGCAUUUCAGAGACCCUAAAUUCAAAAAUUUUCCGAGGGGGGCAUGCCCCCGGACCCCCCUAGAUAAACCUCGCACCUGCGGCGCUCGGUUCGUGCUUUCGUCCCUCGUUUAUCAAGCGUUACAAUAUAGGGGCGCAUAUUAGUUCAUAGCCGACUGGCCUCCCCAGAAAAAUAGUACCCAGCACGCCACUGUGCUGGAAUGACCAACAUUAUUUAUCGGUUAAUUAACUUGCAGAUUUUGAAAAAUUAAAUGGCUAUUAUGUAUAUAUGCACGAUAUGCCAUCCAUAUAAGUUAGAAAACCAGUGGCGUAGCCAGAACGAUAUAUAUAUAUAUAUAUAUAUUCGUUAUAUAUAAUUAUAUAUUCGUGUUCACAUUCCAUAAAAACAAUUGAUUUCAAAAGAAAUUAAUAAAGCAGAACACGAAUAUAUGAAUAUGCCCCCCCCCCAAUUAUCGUUCUGGCUACUCCAUGCACUGUAGAGAACUAAAACAAUUGAAAGUUAUGAGGAGUUCUUUUUUCAUCCCUCCCUUGCGAGUUAGAUCAUGUAAUUUCCAUGCACUAUAUAAUACAUAUAGUAGUAUAUCAAAGUAUAGGAUAUUGGAUCGAAUUUAUGCACAUAAACAGUCAACUUUGAAUGGUAAUUAGCACAGCAUGUUAUUAACAAAAACAAAAUUAAUUGGCUUAAUAUUCUACAUGUUUGAAAAAUUUCUUUCAACAUUAUUUAGAGGAAAGUUAUUUAACGAGCUCUACAUCUGAAGGUAAAAUAAAUGGUGACGUUAAAAGGAGAUGCAAACAGAUUAUAAAAGCAAUAUAUCUUGAUGAACCUGAAACUUUGAGAAGUUAUAUUGACAGUGGUAGGUUAACAAAUCUGUACUAUUUAAAGCACGCGUAAGGAGAUGACAUAAAAAACGACCAAUCUUAUGAGUUCAUUUGGCAAAGUAAUUUUAAAAAUAUUCGUUAUUUAUCCGAGAAUAUCAAAGUUUAUGUAAAUUUACAUGAUAUAUUUUUAUUACAUACUAAAACCACCGACACGGCAAUGAUUUCCUUUGUCUUUUUCAUAAAUUAUUAAUUAAUUUUUUAAGGUUCAAUAAAAUGGUAGCCAAGUCCAUUUAUUUUAAAUCUCCAUUUCAGUGAAUUUAAAUGAACGUAAUAUUUCUCAACUUAUAAUAUGCAUGCCUACAAUUAUAUUAUUUACCGGCUGCAAUCUUUCAAAUGAGGAAAGCCUGUUCCCAAUGUCUUGAAAACGCUCUGAGCAUGCAAGAAGGGUGUAGGACGUUUUAAAAACCGAGGGUGGUAAAUAACGAGUUUAUUUUUAGCAGAUGUUAUAGUAAAAUUAAAUUCAUUAAAAUUCCAGUGUUGCAUGCAUGCGACCUUAAUUAAUAGCACGUCGUAAGUGUGGUUUGUCCGAACAUUCGCACAAUUCUUGUGGUCUUAAUUAAUUAACAAUCGAAUAUAUAGUUCAUUUGCAUUCAUUUGAAGGUCAAUUUCAGUUUGUUGUUUGUCCAAAGUUUCUGCUAUAAAUAACAACCAUAAUCUACGCUAUUUAAAAUCAAUGCAGCUGUACAAUUAAAGCGAGGCUGUUAAAAAUUGAAAAGUUGAAAGAUAACACAGAAAACUCGGAAUAACUGGAAAGAAACACCCCAAAAAAGCGUAAAGUUUUAGUACAACAUACCAGUUUUGACCUCGCGUUUCGGCAUUUAUUAGCAAAUUCAUGUUGCUUCGACAACGACAGAUUCGUGUUAUUUUGCUUUUUCAAUCAAGAACACUGUCUAAUCUGUUCUGAUUUACGACACUACUAAAACAACAAUAAAUGAAGUAUGGUUUUUAGAUUUUGCAUUUUUCUCAGGGUCGUUUCACGACAACAUGCCUGAAAAUGUGUUUUUACUAUAGAUUUGACUUAAUUUGUUGUUUGCAUGCAAUAUAUAAAUUAUCAGUGUAAAGUGCAUUACAUGAAAAUCAUAUUCUCACUGCAGUUAAACCCUUUUUUGGGAUUGCAGAUUUUAGGUCAAACAUUUCUAUUAAAUUAUAAUUUUUUGCUUUUAAAGUGGCUGAAUACAUGAGCAUAUAUAAUAUAUAAAAAUAUACCCUUUUUUCGGCGUAUUAUAUAUGAUUUUGGGAUGAUUAGGAUGAUUUUAUCUUCAACAAUCAUUAAAUUAAUUUGUCUCGAAAAUAAAUGGCAGCACCUCGUUUUUACAGUCAAAAUACAAGUCAACCUUUUACGGCAGUGGCGUAAUAUUGUGUUACGGGACUCUCGACUUGGAAUUCAAAGUGUUUCACUUGAACUAAAAUUCGUAGCGUCGAUGGGGUGGGGAUGGGGAUGGGGAUGGGAGUGGAGAGUAAGGGGUUAGGUACUUACAACUUUAUAAUCAUAAUCACUAAUUCGUUUCUCUAAUUGAAGAAAGACAAGGCCAAUGAGGCACCUGCAGAUCCUUUCCGGGCACAGCAUUAAGGAGUUGCACUACUGCUUUUUCCCUUCCGUUUGUGUAUAGUCUGUUGUCAUUUACUGCGUUUUGUUGUGUACAACUAAUAAAAUUUGAAAAUCAGGCUAUAGUAUGUGACUUCCUUGCGUUUUCACUGUUUAUCUAGAUUAAUUUUGCAGAAAUACCGAUGUAUGAUAUAAAGCAAACUAUAGCUAGUUUAAUACGAAGAAUGGUAUAAUAUUAUUAACAUUAGCUUAUUAUAUAUACGAUCUCAUUUCCCAAGGUCGACGACCGUUGCAUAUAAAAGAAAUCCAGCGUCGUAUACUCGAAGCAAUUGAGUUAAACAGUUUAGAAUGUUUGAAAGUACUUUGCGAGACGUACGAAAUGAGACCUAUCUCACGAAAGAAAAAUGCGGAUAUCGAACUGUUUUACCAGUGGUACGGUCUUGCUUCCUGGCCAUUGAACGAGCGUCCGAAAGAAACAGCUUUGCACGUCUUACCAAGCAAGUCCAAUUCUGAAAAAGCAAUGAAGGUUUUAGAUGAAUGCGGAUCGAAGUUCGUAACUGAUUUUUUGGACGUUGAGGAUAGUCAUGGAUCUACACCACUUCUUCGGGCAAUAAAGUGCAACAAUAUUGCAGUAGUCAAAUGGUUGUUACGUAAAAAGCCGAAUGUAAAUAAUAUAAACAAAAGAAAUGUACAUGACGAAUCUCCCAUUUAUGUUGCAGCCUUGAAUGACCAUGUCAAUGUUAUAAAAGAAAUUUUGGAAACGUGUAAGUGUUUAUACUGUUUUAUACGAAUAUAUUUAUUUUAACGGCGAGGAGAGCACAAACUGAGUAAGGAUAUUGAUGACUAUUGGUUUCCCAAAAGUUUGCAAUUAUUUGUGGUUUGUGAAGUGGACAGGAUUGCACAUUAGAGGGUGUACCCCCCCCCCCUCCCCCCAGCACUCGAAAAUCACAAAAGUUGGUCUCAGUUUUAUUUGCAACUGAAUUAGAAGUCGGUACCCAAUUUCUGCUAUGAGAACUGUUUAAUCACAAAACAGAAAUGUCUAGUGUAGACAUGAGCAAUUUUCUCAUCCAAAUUGUUCAAUCCGAUCUAGGAAAAUGCAGGAAAUGGCAUUUCCGAGCCUCAAUUGUGCAAAUUUUCCCGAGGGGAAUAUGCUGGACCCCUAGCUUUCACCACUCCUAUAUUUUUACUUUGUCAAAAAAUUAUUAUUUUUCAGGAAAAAUCGCUUGCAUCUUUUUUCUUGUUGUUUAUACCAAAUGUAUUCUUGGAAUAAACGUACAAAAAUACAACUGUGCGUAAAGAAUUCGAACUUUGCAAUUCCACUUUCUAUGAAUGCCUUAAAUUCUGGGGAAAACUUCAGGUUCGUGAUUUAACUAAUCAAAAUGCCUUAUAUAUCUAGAUUCUAAACCCGAAGAAUUACGCUCUAACCUUCUGGAAAUUAUGAAAAAUAUCGAUGGAGAAUUAAACAUUAAUGGUCAUUCAAUUCUUUACCCAGCCUCUCUGAGUGGCAAAUCAGAAGUACUAAAUCUAAUUAUGAAAGAAAAAUUGUGGGAGGAUUUCCUGAAACAGGAGAAACAGUUUAAGACUAUUGACCGCAAUAAGUGGCAAGAAUUUUUUUGCAAUGUUUGUGCUGCAGGAUGUAAAGAUCUUGCUAAGAUCAUUUUGUUAGACGAUCCUGAUCUUGUGAGAGGAAGCAAUGGAGAAAUGAGCCCUCUUAUGAGGUAAGAAGGAAAUUAAUGUUUUUAUUGUAAAUGUUGUAUGCGCGUAGAUCGUAGGGCGAAACCCGUGGCGAGGGUACCAAUUCUGCACGACACCAAGGGAAAGGAAAGCUAGCGGAUUGAAAAGUUCAUCAAUUAUUGCGGUCGGGCGUGGGUGUCAUUGGUGGUCAUCCCACUGAUCUAAAAAAUAUGGCGAGGUGCCAAGCAUUCAUGGUGUAACUUUAAGAAUGACAUUGGCUAAAUUUAAAAGUCUCCUUAAUCUGGCCCCUAGGUACCUAGGGCGAAAAGCUCCCCGAAGACGUGGCACCAUGCAUGGAAAAAGUUUAAAGAUUCAAUAAAUUUAUUAAAAAUAGUAGAUUUUAGUUUGACAAGGUUUUCAGAAAGAUUAAACAGUUUCUAAAGAAUCUAAGCAAAUAAAUAGUAUAGCAAUGAAGUAAGAAAAACUAAUGAUUUUUUGUGUAACAACAAUCAUGUUCUGUAACAAAUUUAAAUUAAUUAAGCUUAUGAUAGUCGAAUGAAACCACAUAUACCCAAGACACUGCACGGUCCUCCAAAUGACGAUUUAAAAUUGCAUGCAGUUGAACCGAAAGUGUAUAGAUUUAACUGUAACAAUCCUUUAUUCACAUUUUACAUGCAUAUAUGGGCGCAAAUGCCAGGAUCUGGCCGGUGAUCAGUUCAAUAUUUCGCUUUGGCAGUAUAUUUUAAUUUUUCCAUUAUUAGCUAUAUCAGAUAUAGUUCAACUGCAAGUCUGCAUGCAAUUUUAUCCGGUUGAGAAAGAACAUGCCCGUCAUUUUGAUUCGCAAACAAUUAGCGCUAUGAUCUAAAAUUGUAACCGACGUUAUGAUCUUAGUUCACAACCAUACACAGCCGAACCAUCCAUAUCAAUUGAUCAUUAUGUUUUAUGUUUUGUUAAUUUUCACAGGGCAGUUGAAGCAAAUCAACAAGAGAUCGUUCAGCUCUUUUUUGAUAAUAUACAGGAUGAAGACUUCUUAAAUGUCAUUAAAAGUUGUGACAAAUUGAACAGAAAUGUUUUCCACUAUGCUGUGAAGAAUUCAAAAGUUCUGAAAGAUCUUCUUGAUAAGUUUAGAGAGGUAGGAAUGUCUAAAACUGCUAAGUGAUUUACUUUAUACUGUCCGUAUAUAGCUUUAUUAGUUUUGUUUAAUAAAGGACAUUGGCAAUAAAAAAAUAUAGUUUAGUUCAUUUUAAAGAACUCUUAAAACUAUAUAUUAAAGUAAUUAAACUCUAUUAUUACUAAUUUUUUAUAUCGUGCUUAGUUUGCAAAAUGUUUUGACUGAAAAAAGUGAGCUGUUUGCUAUCUUGGAUUAUUAAGGAUAUGCAUGCAUUUUACGUCAAGAGAGGGGUCACGCUAAUAUGAUCCAAAACUUCGUUUCCUGUUGGUGUUUAAAAUUUAGAAAUAAUUAAAAAACAUUUCAAACAAUUUUGGAUUGAUACUCGGUCAUUUUAGAGUAGUUUUAAAUGGUUAACCCAACACGUGACGUCAUAAAAACCAUAGUUAAUUAAUGAGGUGAAGAAUAGUCCAAGAUGGCGGACAGCUCAUUAAUUAAUUCGGUCUAAAUAUUUCGAGAACUAAGGAAGAUAUGACAAAUCGGUAAUAUAGUUUAAUAUAUAAUUUUAAGAGUUCUUUUCAAUGAGACAAACUAUUUUUUUAUGGACAAUGUCCUUUACAACUGUGAUGUUAAAUUAAUUAUAUGUUCAGUGUUUAUACUUUAGCCGCAAACCAAAGUACCUGCAUGGGGGACACGUGCAGUGUUUGCUUAAGUAAAAACAUUUUUAACUAUUUUUCAUAUAUUAUGCGAAUCAGGUGAAAUUGUAUUAGAAAUUGCAUCCCCUGGCCAAGAUUCGAAAUUAUAAACGGCUUCAGUCACAAAAGCGAAAACCACAUACUGUAUGAACUGAGCACAUGCUGUGCCAUACAUGCAAGCACCAACGAAUGAAGACCAAGAAUUUUGCGUCAAGGAAAAUGUUUGUUUUGUGUUAAAAUUUUAAUCUUUUAAAUUUCGUAAAACGUAAAGUGGAGUGGAAAAACUGUUUACUGUCCGAAAAUCGGCCAACACACUUUACAGUUAAGUGAAGACAAUAAUUGGGCUGUUGAUGAAAUGGAUAAUGAUAAUUAAACUCCUAUAAAGCUCGCAUGCAGCUGUUGGAGCAUUUUCAGAAAUGUAUUAGCCUAACUUUACCUCUAUUUGUUAAUAUUCUCAUGCCGCCUAUGCACACUUUAUAUAGUUAAGCAAAGAUUAUGAGGAAGACUAUGGGGCUAUUAAUGGAAUGGACAAUGAUGAUAACACUCCAAUAAAGCUCGCAGCUCUUGAAAACCUUGAAGAGGUAUAUAAUUAUCUAACUGUGCAUUACUAUUUUAGGAUAUUUUCAAGUAAAGAAAUAAAAUAUUCCAGUUGGCAGUCCAAUCGAAAUAAUUUAGAUUUUGUUGGAACUUCAUUCUACUAUAUAUGUGUCCAAUUAUUUAUCUCACAUUAAUUUUUUGCUACUCGCACUUAACACAAUCGUUUUGUCAAUACGUUUAAGGCGUGCUGUAAUAUAAAUGUCUUCGUUUUCUGAUAGAGUUUUGAAAUGCUGUUAAACUACGCCACAAGCGAAGAGGAUUUAUUUUCCGCUAAUCUCAUUCACACUUUGAAAAGCAAGGUAAUUAGCGCCACCAAGAGAUUACGUUUUCUUUUCGGCUUGUUUGUAUGUGUGUGUAUUAUUUUGUCAAUAACUUAGGCACUACCCUAGGGCCUGUUUAUAUGAUCCCGCCUAGACGGGACGGGACGUUUUUAUCCCGCCUAUAGACGGGAAACUCGCCUAGUGUUUAUAUGGACAAAAUACUUUGCCGGGAUGAAGCCAUUUAAGUGCUUGACGUCAUAUUUUUGUUGCAAAAAAGGCAUUUACGCAUGUUCAAAAGGGAAAAGUUCAUCCCGGGAUGAAGUGUUUACAUUUUGUUUAUAUGGGAAUUUUUUAUCUCGUUUAGCCGGGACCCGGCAUCUGUUGCCGAUAUCCCGUCUAGGGAUAAGUGGCGGGAUCAUAUAAACACUCUUUAGAAUUUGUAUUACGAGCGGGAUCUCGGUAAGCAUCCCGUCCCGCCUGGCUGGGAUCAUAUACUGUAAACAGGCCCUCAAUUCGAGAACGAUCAACUAGUUUGAAAUGCAAAUUUGAGGAGCUAUUAAAUGGCAAUUUGAAGAAUGCAAAUUUGUGAAUUGACAAGUGUUAUGGGAUGUUUUUCCCUUUUAAAAAAGACGCGAGACUCGGCGAUAAAAAGCAAACAAGGCGGAAAAAUAUGGCUGAAGUAGUUGGGAAAUUUGCUUUCAAGUUUUAAGGCCAUGUUACACGGUGCAAUUUUUCUUGCAACUUGCAAUGCAAUUCUACUCUUGAGAGAUAUAAAAUUACCAAAUACGAGUCUUCAUUACACUCCGCUGAUGUUUUCUCAACAUAUCGAAAAUUCUUCACAGAUUUCGUAAUUAACAUCUCUCUAGAGUAGAAUUGCAUUGCAAGUUGCAAGAAAAAUUGCACCGUGUAACAUAGCCUUUACACUAACAAAAUUUUUAAUUCUACCUAUAUUGGUUCCCUGAAAUAGCAUUUUUAGGCGAUUUCAGUCAUUUUGAAGCUUUGUUAGACAGUUAGUUAGUUAAAGGAUAAUACAGGUCCUAGACUAAAUAAUUUUUUUUGCGUAGCAUGUAUAAUUUUUGCUUUGACUGUAUUUAAGAUAAUGCAUGAUUUACUCCACAAUUAAAUCGUGCGCAUAUGCUUAACUAUUCGAUAGUUUUCUUAACUUUUGUGCUUAAGUUUGGUAUUCGACAAUUUUUCAAGAAAUGUUUACACACCUCCCGGUCUUAAACGAUAAUUUUCAAUUUAAUUUUUUUUGUUUGUUUCAAUUACCUUAAAUAAUUAAAUAGCCAUGUUUUUGUUUACAAUUUAGCAUUUAAAUUUCUCGCCAUUUUUUUAUUCACGCGCAUACGCAAACGUUUUUUUGCGGUGUUAGGUUAGGCCUGUUUUAUAUGCAUGUCGAAUUUAGAUCGCGUCGAAUCAUAGGGUCGAAUGUAAUUAAAACACUAGAUAAUGAAGAUUGAGGUCUAUCGUCUCAUUAUCUAUUGUCUUAAUUGCAUUCGAUGCGAUCAAAAUUCGACGUAUAAAACUGGCCUUUACUCACACUCAACACACUUUACUCAACCUCAGUCUGAUUGAAGCUUCUCUUGAGUGUCAAAUCUGUUUUUGAAUAGCUGCAGGGUGGGUAGUCACACAGUAAGGUAUGAUACUAGCCCUCCAGCUACUCAAAAACAGGAAUGACACUCGAGAGAAGAUCACAUGCAUUGAAUUUCCACUCAGUGAGUGUGAGUGUGCUUUUAGAAUAUAAGCGUUGGUCUUCCAAAAUCUGUUGCUUAAUUGUACAAAACAAUAAAUUACAGAUUUAUAAUUCUUAACAAAAAUUCAUAAAAAAAAUACAAAGGAAAUCAUAUAAUACUUUUUGUUUGUGGAAACACCACGUAAUAAACACAAACUUAUGAACUAAUUACCGUGAAACUAAUUACCGUCAACGAGCUCGUUGAUGCGAAAUCCUGAUGAUUUACAUUACAUUUCUGGGCAUAUCGGUGAUUUAUUUUAAGAUCUCCGGUUUUAUGUACCAGCACACCUAAACACUGUCACUGAGCAAUUGGGAUCGCCCGAUUGAUACAUGAACUCUGAAAUGUUAUGCAUAAUUUUACAUGAAUGAUAAUAAUACUGAAAUUAAGUGAUCUGAGUGUUUUAACCUAUAGCAUCCGAAUUGCUCAGUGAUCAACGUGCUAUAGUACGUUAAAGGCCUUUUCCAUUGUAAGGUACCAUUUGUCCCGAGUGGGCCGGAGCAAUGCGACUGUAAUGGAAAAAGGCAUGAAAACAGAUGCCUUAUUAGAUUCGAUUGCAACAGGCGAUACUUAUAAUCAAAUUUUUAGCAAGUGAUUCGAUAUAAUUUGGACACAAGUAAACUAUAUUCCCGGCUGCAUUGCUGAGGUAACCAGCGACAUGUUCAUUAUAAGUUCUAGUAAUCUUCCAUUUAUUAAUUAGGUUCUAAAGAAGCGUCUUCGUAGCUGGAAAGAAAACGAUGCCGACGCAGUGGCGACUCUGCUGAAUGGAGAGCACGAGAAACAUCAACCGUUCUUGGAGGCCGCUAAGGCAGGAAACGAAGAUUUAAUAAAGUUUUUCUUGGAACAAAAUGCGAAUCCUUUACAAGUGACGUAAGUAGUAAUAUAUAUAUACAGGCCGAUCAAUCCAAAAUUUUGAGGUGUAAGGAAAUGGAUGAAGAUAUAUAAUAGAUGGUGAAGGAUAGGUGGAGGGAAGUGGAGGACUCAUUACAUAUGCAUGACGUCACUUAUACCGGGUGUCUCAAAAAAAAGUAUCGGUGUUUCAUUUGUUAUACCGUUAAAACUGGACAAGGAGUUUCAAUCAAAUAGACUUCAGUGAAUUCAGAAAGGCCUAACUUAAAUUUUGAUAUAUGACUUGAAAAUAUUUGAGCAAUAUUGAAUGAAAUACUACAGUUUCAUUUCGAAGAAGCGAUUUUGAAAAUGCUUAAAAUUACAUUAAAUCGGCCUUUUAAAUUAACAUUUAAUUUAAUGCUGUUCUUGUCAACACGACGCACGAUAAAUAAUAUUUACACAUUCGAUGAUUUAUUCAUCUGAAAAAGCAUGUCCUUGAACACUUAUACAACGUCGUGCUUUGUUAACCAUGCCAGAUAAAGCGCUUUGUAUCAUUUGUGCAUCUAAAUUUUGGCACGCUAAGAUAACUGGCUGGAGGAGCUGACUCAAAUUCCUAAUCUGCUACUCAUGCGGGACGUUCCACAUUUGUUGCUUCAAUUCGAACUUAUUAAUUGCCUUUGGCAUUCGAAUUUUUCAUUUCCCACGAGGCCAAAAGGUCAAAAUGUUUUAUGUAAACAAUAAAAUAAUACAAGAUUGAAGCUAACUUCUUUAAAAUUUUCAAUUCUUCCGAAAAAAUAACAAAUGUCUUCAAAGACAUUUAAUAGGCCGUUUUAGUCGAUUUUUUCGCCAAUUUUCAAACCGAACUUUGACUAAAAACAUUUAUAUCUCGCCCAAUAUGAAAUUAAUGCUCUAGCACUGUAUACCAAAUUUUAGGUUAGCAUUUUCUUAAUACUAUAAACAUGGGCGUACCGGAAGGAAAAAAUUAGGGGGGCGGAAAGAAAAUUGCCCGACUUUUCGAAUUCUGCCCCCCCCCGGUCGCCAAAAAAAUUUCGACCAGUAUACCAUUUUAGGGGUCAAAAAAUUUUUCCGGACAACCAAUUUUUUUAGGAAGAUAACACAAAUUUUCGAAAAAUCGCAAAAUUUGCCAAAAAAUUGACUUAAUUUUAGACAAAAUUGACUUAAUUUUAGACAAAAUUGACAGAAUUUCUCCCAUUUUUUUUAUUGCAAGCCAAAAUUGCCCGACUGUUGAUCGAAUAUUGCCCGACUGCCCAAAAAACUGGGGGGGCUACCGCCCCCCCCGCCCGGUACGCCUAUGACUAUAAACCUAUUUUCUUAAUACUAUAAACCUAUCUGAAAGCCAUACCUGCUAUAGUUUUUACAUUAUGUUAAAUCAAACACCGAUACUAUUUUUGGAGACACCCGGUAUAUGCAAUGUCGUCAUAAUAGACGCGUAUGUCGUCAUAAUAGAAUCAGUAUGGUUGCAUGGCUAUCAUCACAUUAGCCUAAGCAUCUGUAUAAAUUUUGGCCACAUUUGGUUGAGCGUCAUUUCGCUAUCCAAGGAAUGGCGUGCAAGCAUGGAAAACCAACAACUUCUUCGGCUACAAAACAUGGCACAUUUUGAAGAUUGUUACAUGCAUACGAAGGCUGUUGGUGCUUUCCGUAGGGACCGUUGUGUAUAUCAGAUUUCGUGUGCCGGCCCUACGCAUCAUAAACCGUUGCGAAACGUUUUAUGGUUAAAAACAAAAUGAUGCAAAACUACGGGCGACCAUACUUUAUACAGAUCGAGAAUUCUUGCAAAUUUUGGCAACAGGGAAAUGUAUUUGAAGGCCAAACUAAACUGUCUCUUUUACUCAGUGCUGCAUGCCCCAAGGGAAACGAUACUUCACCUCGUGUGAUCAACACUGGCGUCGUGAUCUUCAUCAGUAAUCCACUUCAAAAACAUUUAAUAGUACUAAAUAUAAUCCUAAUGGCGCGAAAUUUAAAAGUUUAAAAACGCAAUUUAAGUUUGUGGGCGAGAAAUUUGUUGUGUUUUAUCGAUGGUCUAAAUAUCAGAAAAUUUACUCAAUUUUAAGUCUUUUAAAUAAGUAAAUAGCUGCUGAAACUGUCAUUUUUUGGCACUAAUGCUUAUCACGCAUUUACAUAAUUUGCAUAUUUUUUUGCGUGUGUUGGUGGUAUGUACUCAGGUGAAUAUAAUGUGAAUAUAAACUUUCAAAUUUCCGACAUACCACUCCAUUUGCACUCGAAAAGACGGUUUUUAGCUUUUUUAGGCCAAAAUUUCCGAAAAUUCGUCAAUUUUCCGUGAAGGUGGGGGGGGGGGGGGGGGGGGGCGCUCCCUGCCCCACCAAGAUUUCCGCCACUGGGUAUGUAUCUUGGCGUCUUUUUAGGACCGGUAUAUGGUGUCUGAACAGGGGCUUCUGAACAGGGGGAUGAUUCUGGAAAAGCCAUCUUAUUUUAAAAGCCAAAAGCCGAUUUAGGUGAUGAGAAAAAAGUUUGCUUUUCCAUACAGCUGUAAACGAUUUCUUGCAUUGGCUGCUCGAUAUCAAUCACCCUUGCAUUUGCAAGCGAUGAUUGUUGAUAAGACUGCGAAAACUUUACUAUUCCUUAAACCUCCCCGAGAAGUAUGUUGGUCUUAAAGAGUCGAUCUUGGUAAUUUGUUGUAGAUUGAUUUUAAAUGUUGUUUACCGGCGAAAAUGAUGAACUUUGUCUUGUCAUGUAUGAUUGAGCGUGAGAAGGUUUCUGUUAAGAUAAUUGGAGAGAGAUUGAAGGUCGGAGUUCAGUUUUGACUAAAGUUUCAAAAUAUUGUCCGCAAAGCAAUAAACUGAGUGCGCAUGCAUAUCAUCAGCCGUAAGGUAUUGCUUCCUAUAGUCGAACAGGAUGCAGGUAUUCCGUAUAGACACUCAAUUAAUCGUUUGGAUAGCGAAAUGACGCUCAAACAAUUUUGGUCAAAAUUUAUAUGGAUGCUUAGAGUAUGGAUAGCUAGCCUAAUGAUUGUUUCGUCCGAACUUGUGCAGUCAGAUCGGCAUAUAUUACUACCAAAAAAGUAAGAGUUAGUUAUAUUAGUAGCUGAUCGAUUUUUUCUGUGCACGUAAAUGAUUCAACAAAUACAUAUAGUUCAGGAUUGUUCUUAAAUGGAACCUUGACACAAUAUUACGAAUAAAAGUCAAACUAACUCGCUACUGACUAACGUACGAAGGCUUUUUAUUGGAAGCGUCGGUUAUUUCUUCCAAGUAGUCAUGACCGAAACGAAGACAGUUUACUAUUAUUGGUUUUGACACUGAAAGCAUAAAACGAAAUCUCUGAAAACUUGUUUUAAUUCUUAUACAUACAGUAUACACUGCAAUAUAUAUUAUGGAUAAUAUCAGUCAGUACGGAUCCGACUGAGUUAAGAAUGUUCGUAUAUUCGCAAAUGUGGUUUCCUUUGACAGUUGACAUCCAUUUGCAUGCAUUCCAUAUACAUGUGUUUUUUCGUAUUUCGGAACGUGUCAUUUCUCUUUGUUCUCAUGUAUAUACCUUUCCUUCUAUGGCAUUUCGGGUGUAAAAUAUAUUCAGGAUUCAUCAAUGGGACCUUCAAAUAUUUUCUUGAAAAUAAAGGGAAUAGAUAUUGACAUUAACCCAAGAGAAAAACUAAUCUCAUAAAAGUUUCUUUAAGUAUAUUCAUGGCUGAAAUUUUAACGCGAGUAACUAUACGUUUAUUUAACACCAAUGAAACUGGUUGCGAUUAUGUAUUUACUUUGUCACGAACACCUUGCUCCUUUGGCCGAUAUAGGCAUGAUCGUGGCGAAACUGCGCUUCACCUUGUUGUACUUUCUGGAAACCUUAACGUCUUGAAGUACUUGCUGAAGAAAAAGGAAUUCCUAGAAAUGAUUAAUUCCACAGACGAAGAAAACAUCUCUUGUGCUGGUUACGCCACACAGAUCGGUCAUGCGGAAAUUCUAAGAUUUCUGCAUAAGAAGGGCGCAAAAAUGAAAAGUGAUAAGAAAACGGGAAGACUCAACAUAUUAGAUUCUGCAUAUGGUUAUUUUAAAUGGUGCGAAAAUUCUAUUGAAGAACUUAUUGCCAUUUGUACACCUCAAGAGCUUAAAGAGGUAAUAAUAACUUUAUUAUAAAAUAUUAAUAAACGGCGUUUAUUUUCGGCCCCGUCUUAUCCCUGUUCGAAAUUUGAAUAGAUUCUGCCUGUUAUUUGCAUUCUUAUUGAUAUCUUAUAUACACUAGAUAGUGCAUCUAAUUAUUUUGCAAUUCAAAAAUUGAAACCAUGAUUGCAGACUCGGGAUAUUUUCAUGGAAUGAGAAGACUCGUAUGUUUUCUAUUUCUUAAACAGGGAACAUAAACAUUAAGUUAAACCUAUUCCAAAUACAUUUUCAAACUAUUCAAAUGAUGAAAGUUAUUGUUGUUUUUUAAGCGUUUACAGUAUAAGCGAGUGGGAAACUCCAACAUGGCCGACAACUAUUCAAAUGGGGUAACCGCUGGAAUAUUCUUGGCUUCAAUUUUACUGAAAGAGAUGCGCUAUCUAGUGUAUAUAAGAUAUAUGUAUGUAGUGUAUAUAUAUAUUCUGAUUUACAUAAACUUCAGCUUUGAUUUUCUCGGCUUAGACAAUGUUUAUUUUUAAAAUUACUUCGCUAAUGAACUCAUAAGAUGGGUUGUUUUUUAAGCACGUUAAAACAUUUGCAUCCGAUCUUUAUCUGAUAUACAAACUCUCGCCUUUGUCUCGAGUUUGUACAUCAGAUAAUUAAAGAUAGGCUGCUCAUGUUUUAACAAGUACUUCAGUAAAACAGUAAUACUCGUCAUGCAGGCAGUAAUGGACACCAUGAAAGAGCUUGGUACUCUAUUACAAAACAUUAAUACUGAUAAUAACAAUCUUUUCAGAAAUAACGUUUAAAUGUCUUUCAGUAGUACGAGCGUUUUGACUCGUAUUUGUACAUCUUAAACUACAUAUUUACUUAUCUUUGCAAGGAUGAAGAUCCUGGUUUAUGCAUCAACAUCCUUGCAUGAAAAUUAAUAAACGUGGUGUUUUUCACAGACAUUGGACAAAAUAAUGCAUAUAUUCUAAGGAAUAACUUUGGUAUUUUUAGUUGUUUGAGGACUCAUAUUUUGGUGCUGAUCAUAUUAUGUCUAAGCUUAUUGAAGAAAUACCGAACGUUGCCAAGAAGAUUUUUGACCAGUGCAUUUACAAAAAGCUAGAAUUUACGUAUAGCCACCGUUCGCCUGGGGAAAUUAAAGCCAGAAAAAGGGUGUUAUACAACUUCUAUCCAUUCAAACGAAAAAAACGUAAGUAUCAAUAGACGUAUAAUUAAUUCAAUGGGAAAUUCCGUAGUCUAUAUUUCUCAUUUGGUUGGGAGAAGUUGACAAGUUUUAUGAAUAAAAUGCAAAUUGUCCUAAAAAUGCCUCAGUCCAUUAUACUUUUGGAUUCUUACUAUAUUUGCUUUAUAUAUAUAUAUAUAUAUAUAUAUAUAUAUAUAUAUAUAUAUAUAUAUAUAUAUAUAUAUAUAUAUAUAUAUAUAUAUAUAUAUUGUUUUACCUGAAAAACCACAACAGUCUGUUUCAUCCGUGUAGAAAUCAUCAGGUGGAUGAAACGGAUGAAACAAACUGUUGUGGUUUUUUGAGGUAAAACGAAAAAGAGAGAGGGAGAGUGCCUUCAUUAUAUAUAAAAUAAAAAAUAAAUCAUUAACGCAUGUGCAUGCAAUUUCAAUUCAUUUUUUGUAAUGUGUGUUAUAGCAUUGUCAGCUACAAAACCUAAAGUGAAUGUUAGAAUCGUGAACCGUUAAUGAAAAUUGUUUUCAAAAACUCAUUAAUAAUUCAUGAAGCAAUUAUCCAAUCUUGAGUAAGAAAUUAGUCACGUGCAUACGUCUUUAUACCAGCUAAAGAACAUUUUAACAAAAAACCAUUGUUAUGCAAACUAUAUAAAGAUUUUUAUAUAAAGAUUUUUAUAUAAAGAUUUUAAUAUAAAGAUUUUUAUAUAAAGGUUUGACUUAUUAUGCAAAUGUUUUUGAAGUCAUUUAAAAAACUCGCAGGUCGUGUUUUAUUAGGUCUAAAUCCACUCGCGCUGCGCGCUCGUGGUUUUAAACCUAAUAAAACACUCCUGCUCGUUUUUUAAAUAGUACAUAAAUAAUUUCAUUUUUCUUUUUCGUUAAUUAAGGCGAUGGUAAGCUUGAAGCAAUUAAAAGCAUGGUUGAUUUCAAAAGAGACAGCCUGUUGGACCAUUCUUUGGUUGUACAGUUCUUAAACCAGAAAAUGAAUUCUCCUAGCAUUCGAAAAUGGUUUAUUUUGAACUUUCUUCUAUAUGUUAUGUUUCUGCUCACUUUAACAACAUAUGGCGUCAUUCAACGUCACGGUAAGAACAUUAAAAUGCUUUCAUAUAGGCCUACAUGUUUAUAUUCCCCGAGUUAAAUAUACUUAAUUAAAUAUGAGAAUAAUAUAACCAUCUGCCUUACAAGGGUGGGUUGACUACAAAAUUUUUGUAGUUCGCUAUAACUACAGCUACUUCAAAAAUAUGUAGUCAGCUACAACUACUGCUACUUUUGAACAAAGGUAGUUCGCUACUGACUACAGCUAUACUGCUUAAAAAAUGUAGUGAACUAUUUCGCUAUUUUGCUACGCUAUAUUUUUUAGUACAAAGCAAUAUUUUGUAAGCACUACGUGCUACAGUGUUUAAGAGUACAAAUUGACUAUUGAGUAUUGAUUUUAAGCAAACCGUGUCUCAAUAUCAUGCUAUUCUAUCAAGUUGCUAACAAUUUUAAAAAGUAGCGAAUAGCGAUUUGCUGUUUGAAAAGUAGUCAACUACUCGGCUAUACUUUUAGGCAAAAUGUAGUUCGCUAUAACUAUAUGUUACUGUUUUAAUAAAGUAGUUGAAAGUUGUAGUUUGCUACAGUAGCGAACUACAACUACUUCACUACUAUACCCACUAACCCACCCUUGCUGACUUAACAUUCCUUUAUCCCGAAUCUUAACGAAUCGUUUCAUUAAUACAACUCCCGAAAUAAUUAAAGUAAUUAACAUAAUUAAGGUAGUUCUCUACGUGUAAUAGAUAGCUUACACCCGUUUUCAAAAUUACACGACCUCCCUGAAAAAUACUCUUACUUCAAAUGUCAGUUUUAUGUCACAAGAACUGCUAAAAAUAGCAACCGUAAACAAACUGUCGAACGACAUUCUAAACCGUAUUUAAUACCAAAACUGAACAAAAAUGAGUUAGAUAACUUAGAUAUACAAACUAAAGCACAAUACAAGCCAUCACAACAGAAAUAUUUGCCGUGAAUGACUUUCAAAGUUUGAAAAAUAACAAUUAUCCUCGAAUUUAGCUGUCAGUAUAAAACACGUGCGCUAGACUAUAACGGUGAUGUUGUGAUUUUGUCGUGCUUAAAUUUUGCAAUAAUUCUCACUAAAAUAUCUUGAAAAUCAUCGUAAGCCUGUUUAUAUAAAGCAUACAAAGCAUAUACAUCGACAAGAAACCGCAAAACUCAAAGUUUGAACUUCGUGACCCAAUGACAUAAAACUGACUUGUCAAUUACUCUAGCAUUUUCGUCCUUGGUCGCGUAAUUUUGAAAACGUGUGUAAAACCAUAAUUGCAAAUGUGCGUAACCUUCUACUGCGGGAAAGACUGCAUGUCUGGACACAAAUUUAAUGUACUAACGUGACAUUUGGAAUUCGAAAAGUUAUCAUAUAUAACUAGAAAGGAUAACCCAAGCAGUUAUCUUUCCUGGAAUAAAUUUUUUAUUGAUAAAAUAUUUUUUAUUUCAGGAGAAGCAACUGCUUGGGUUAUCUCCCGGUUUUAGGACGACUUAUGAAAAAUAUAAAAAUUUUCAAAUUUUUAGAUUUCUAGUAUUUGAAAAACUUCAAUUGUUUCGAAGUUAUGAGAGUUUAAAAAUUGUAAAAUCUAACUGUAAUAUUAUUAAUCGAACUUUGUGACUUUUAUAUAGGUUGAUUGAAACUAGAGUUGCUUUUAUACAAAAAAUCUUGUGAAUCUAUUUUCAAAAUUUUACUAUUUUUUUAGCAAUAAAUACAAUUUAAUUGAAUAUAAUUUAAACAGGUUUAGUGCAGAGUAGUUCUUUAUGUAGAUAUAUUUUCUAAGUUCUUCUCUACCAAAUUAUCAAGCCUUAAUACACCCUUCCAAAAGUACGUCACUUUGGCUAUAGAGCCUUGUUUUCGUGUGUCUGACAUCAGUUAAAGUCCGCGUCUCAAGGUGACGUACUUUCCGGAAGCGUGUAUUAUACGUGUAAUCGAAGGUGUCGUUGAAGGAAUUUUUUUUUAAUUUGAUUUUUAACGUUUCUCACAUUGUAAAACAAUCGCAUUGAUAGAAUUUUUUUUUAAAUGAAGAAAUAAAACCAUUAAAUCAGUACUCCCAGUACGAAAUUUUAAAUUUUACCCCUAGAAAUUUUUAAAAUGAAAUGAAAAGGACAACCGUAAGGUUUCUUCUAUGUACGCUAUUGCCAUGGUAAUUUCAAAACAUGAAUCUCUUGAGCACUAUCUAUUAUAAUGCAAAAACCUGGAGGAACCAUUUUAAAUAACUCAAUUUAACUCACUUAAUUAGCAUAAUCUGUUGGAAAAAUGUUAUCAUACAAUACGUGGUUAUAAAGCGAUCAAAACGUUCACGGAUUUUAUUUCAAACCGCUACUGAAACUUUUCCCUACCAUUCUUUUCAGUAGCUCGCUACUUCAGCCUAGUGCAAACGUUUUCAGAAAUUAAAAUUCUACUGAAUUUCAGAAUAUGUAUAAAUAAAAACAAUGGAAUAUAUAGAUUAAAAUUUUUUGCUUAAAGAGUAAAAAUUUGACUAUAAUAAAAAGAUAAGUUAUAAUAAUUAUUUUUCUUUUUUGUUACUAGAUGUACACAACUUGAAAUCACCUGAAAUGAUUGUAUUAUCCUUUUUUAUUUUGACGAUAUGUGCUUUUCAUUUUAUAAAAGAAAUACUUCAGGUUUGUAUACAUAUAUAGUACUAGAAAUACUUCAGGAUUGUACACAUGUAUAUAUAUAUAUAUAUAUAUAUAUAUAUAUAUAUAUAUAUAUAUAUAUAUAUAUAUAUAUAUAUAUAUAUAUAUAUAUAUAUAUAAUUUAUUUUUAAAUGUGAGACUUUUUUACUUUAUAGAUAGUGAUAAAUCAGACCAAUUACAUGCAUGAUUUUGAAAAUUAUAUCGAGUGGGUGAUGUAUACUUGUGCUGUAAUUUACGUGGUACCUGUUGGAAAUACAAAAGCAGACGCGCAGAUUGCAUGUGGAGCUACCGCACUGUUUCUUGGUUGGAUUAACUUCUCUUUGUUCUUGAAAAGAUUUUCGUUGUUGGGAAUCUACAUUAUUGCCGCAAAAAGAGUCUUUCUUACCGUGUGCAAGGUACGUUUAUAUAUUGCAUGUGUAGACGGCAAUCCUCUGCGAGGUAAAACACCGACAUGCAAUAUAAAAUGUCUUGAUACUCAAUCUUUGCGUAAAUUCCAAGUGUACUGACCGGGUUGAGCUACCCUGGACACCAGAGCCUUCAGUAAGUAAUAAAUUGAAACGUCGUGAAGGCUCUGGUUCAACGGGAGGAUUCUUUGAUUAAACCGCGCCAAUCACAAAACAGAAUUAGUGGUUUUAGUACAGAUUCUGUACCAUAAAACCACUAAUUCUAGCUGUUUUGUGAUUGGCGCGGUUUAAUCAAAGAAUCCUCCCGUUGAACCUGCAGAGCCUUCACAACGUUUCAAUUUAUUAUUUACUGAAGGCUCUGCAUGGAAUCCUGGGUAGAGUUGAGCCACAUGUGAACAAACUAACAAAUAUUUUUUUGGCCUCGCGUUGCGACUUUGUCUUUCUCGCUACGAACGUAUAAAGCAAAUGUAAGCCAGUGCAGUAUGUAAAAGGUGGCUCCUCUAUCGAUUGGCAGGUCUGGCGUAUAGGUGCAGGGUUGUAUGCGAUUCUUUCGUGUAUUAGGCAAGUGGCACACCUCUUCAAAUUAAUGCGAAUACCUGAAUGCAUAUUUUCUUGUGAACAUCUUGAAUAACUAUAGAUCAGAAAAGUGAUGUUUUGAAGGAAGCAAGACUGGGUUCUUAGAAGAUUCUGGGAUUAUAACGUUGUUUAUUAUCCUUUACACCUUAAGAUGUGUUGGUCAUCUAAAACUAAACCGAACCGUACUAUACGUAAGGUGAUGUACAAUUACAAUCACGAUUGUCCUCAACAAAAUUUAAUUCACUUUGAAACGGUGACAUUUGGAUUGUUCGUAUCCCCAUUGGCUCCACUUAACUAUAAUCUCGAUUGCUAUGAGUACUUUGUUUGGUGAUUUAUUCAACCGUUCUUCUGGCUCUUUUCUUCUUUAGCGCAUGAAAAAAUCGCACUACGUAGGUUCUUACCCGUAAUAAACGUGCAUGUUAACGUGCUGUAAGAGGUACAGCUAAUGAUCUUGUCCAGAUUAGCCUCUGGUGCUCGAUAAUGAUCAGUAUUCGCGAACGAGUGAGUGACGGUCUGGGGGUUCUUUAUAAUUUCUUUAAUAGCUUUCUCUGGAACGUCUAUGUACCUGUUGGAUUCACAGACCACAAUUUUUUGAAUUGGCAUAGAAAUUCGGAACCAUUCUACCGCACCGUGUUGGCUGCAAGUUCCUUUCCGUUCAAACCCUUUCGUCAGCCGGCGUAUAUCUCGAACUCGGUACUCGAUAUACUGUUUCCAACUCUUGACGUUCUUUGUUCAGUAUAAUACAGCGAUAGAAUCUACCCAAUAAAACGUUACUUUGUAUAUCUUGUGAUCGAGACAAGGAUUCUUUGAUGGUGCAAAAAUGAGAGCUCGAAGUAGUUCCAGACGGGAUACUCUGUUUCUUCGUCGGGGAAACUGGGUUUUUGAUGGUAUGAGCUUGACUGCUACGUACAUGUCCAUCCUCGUAGCUUUACCCUAGAUAAUUUACUGCUGCAAAUGCUUGACGCAUCGCUGCAUCCAUAGAGUUGGAUUUCCUUUGGCUUGGAUCUCCCAUCGAAAUAUAGCAUCCAAGUAUCCUAACCUUCGCUAAAUAUUGUAAAUUAGACACAAAAGAAUUAAAUCUUUCUUGUGUAGUUUCCUGUAACUCUUCAUCCCAGUCGAUCUUGUCGCAGCAGGGUAUCUGGAAUAUCGCUUUCAAUCGAAAUAUGAAUGGAAUAAGGAAACCCAAAGGGUUGAAGAUCUUGGCCGUCAGUUUUAGCCUCUUUGCGAGUGGUAGAGACAUGGCAUAAGCUCAGGGUAUCGAUCUUGGCACGAAUGCAAGUAUUGGUUGCACCAAAAAUCACCGGUAUUGGGCGGAGACGUCCAAAUAGCAGGUGGCAAAAUCUCAAAUGUUUGAUGGUCGAAUGCAGCCAGAGAAAACAAACCAUAUUUCGGUCACUUGGGUUGAUUCUCACCAUGAGAAAAGAUUUUGGAGGUCGGCCGAUAUUGCAACUUCAUUUUACCGAAACUUUAUUAUACUCGUUAAGAAGUUCAGGUUUCUUUCUUAAUUUGUACUGCAGAGAUUUCAGCCGAUUAGAAUAAUUGUAAUCCGUUGAGACAUCCAGUUACUCUACCUUCCAGAGUUAAGACACUUCGUAACGGCGGUUGCAUGUCAUAUAUUAUAAUUGAUCUUCUUCAUGCAGGAAUGACUUUGGUAGCUGGUUUAUGGUAGAAUCGUCACUGUCUCAAACUCCGAUUGACUCAGCUUUCCAGAAUUGUUUGAGCUUAGAUUUUAACUCAUCAUUCUCAUGGGCAAACGAUAGCGGUUUCCAGCUUCCCCAGAUAUUAUAAUCAGAUUAGUCGCAUACGCAUCAAGCGAAUUUGUUGCUGCGCCGCCAUUGACGGGGCCCGACAAAAGCCAUCCAUGCAAUCUUACUGUUUACCGUUGCAGGCUUAUUGUCUCUUCGAAUUAUUUCUCCCGUAUAAUAAAGUUCCAAUAAUAAUCCGAUCCUAUCAGAACAUCAGUAGAAUCACAUACACUCAUGACCAUCAAAUUCACUGAUCUGCUAGCGCAAGAUCUUCGCCGGAUACGCAUUAAUAUCCACUACCUUAAAGGUCUGAUUCCAUGGGCGCUUUUUCUCGGCGAAAUGCGAAAUAUUUCGCCUGUUUCUUUUGAAUUGUGGGCAAUCAAGUAGAAAUAAUUUAUUGGAGUGGUCGCAAUUCAAAAGAAACAGGCGAAAUAUUUUGCAUUUCGCCGAGAAAAAGCGCCCGUGGAAUCAGGCCUUAAGAGGCAAUGAUGAACAUAUAUGACUGGAAAACGUACGGCAUGUGGAAAACUUAAAUUGCAACAAUGCAUUUUCACCGUCCCCCUUAGUUAGGCUUAAUUUCAUUGCAUCACAAGUUUUUUGAGCGUGGUCGUCACCAAACGUGUUCAACCGUGGUCAACGUUUGUUGAAAUCACAUUGUCAGUGCUUGUAGCAACACAUUGAGCAGUUUGAAGUACGACGGCUUUCCCCUUGCAAGAUGUGCUCGUUGCACUCGUCGCUGCAUGUCGUAUCUUCACCUGGAUUAUCAUGCAACCUUAGUCUGAUUUGAGGCAUUUUUUCUUUUGCUGGAUCCGCUGGUUUUAGGUCGUUUGCUGUGAUCUCGAAAAGUGCAUAGAAAACGAUUUUCAUUAAGCAUGUAAUAUUUUUAUGGGAACUAACACUUUCGAAAACGCUGAGUUGAAAUCCGAAAACUUCCCGCACCGCUAUUUUAUCACAAAUCUCUAUUUUAACCACAAGCCGCUAUUUUAUCUUCACUAAUUUCACACAAAUUUUUUUAUUUUUUAACGACACGGAUGGAUGAAGACACACGAUUGCAUAACUCAAAAUGACUAAUUCCUAUGAACUAGUCUCUACAUUGAACAACAGACCGUUUUGCUAGCUUGGAUCAUUUCGAGUUAUGUAAUUUUAAGCGCGUUGGACGUAAACAACAUAUCCUUGUCUAUAGAACUUUGGAAAGGUGCCGAUAUGGCUUUGUAAAAUCCUCAGUUCUGGCUGUAUCUCUAUAAAGUCCAAGGACGUCAAUGUUAUGUCGUUGGGUUAUAUCUCUGGGAUGAGAAAUAAUUGCCAAUUAUACAUGCGAUCAAAAUGUUUUAUACAACGAUGUAAAACGUUAAUCUUAUGGAAUGGGUCAGCAUUUCCAUUUCCAACACAGUUUCUGAGAUGCAUGCGCAAUUCAAGAGAUAACUUAUUAUUGCAUUUGAACUAUUAUAUCAGUUUGUGUUAUUCUGUGCGAUAAGCGAAUAUUAUUGGAAAGAAGGCUUUCACACAUUUCUCCACUUCGUGGUAAGUUUACAGAACAGAUUUUAUAGCUAAGCAUUGCUAAGCACUGAUCUUUGUCUUUGAUGUGAACAUUUCUUCUAGUUUAAGGUUAUUCACUAUAUUGAUCCUGUCGUAAUAAUAAUAAUAAUAUUUAAUAUUUAUAUUGCGCAAAUUAACAUGUUAUAGUAUAUGAUCAAAUGCGCAUAAUGUGCAUAUGUCGUAAGCUUCUACUAGCAGCCAAUGGACAAUAUUUUAUUUUAGCGUUGUCUCUGCCGUUACGUUGGCUUCGCAUUACUUUUGUUUUAAAUGCCUUGAUUGCGUUAAAAUAGUUAGUUUUCAGGCCAGUGAGAUAGCCAAAAGACUUAGCAUUAACUUCCUUGUGAUUUUACAGAGAUAUCGCUAAAACUGAGGAUUAUAGAAGGCGUUAUCAAAGUUCUAGACAAUUCAAGAUAUGUUGUUUAGUCCAACACGCAUAAGCUAGAUUACAUAACUCAAAAUUAUUCGAGCAAAACUGUUUUUUGUUAAAAGGAAAACUGGUUAAUAGAACUUGGUCGUUUUCAGUGAUAUAAUCGUGUAUCGUUAUCGAUCCGUGUCGUUAUAAACAAUGAAAAAUUUGUCAUGAAAUUAUUGAAGAUAAAAUAGCAGUUUGUGAGAAAACUGCGGGUCUGCGGGUCGGAUUUGAACUUAGCGUGUUCGAAAGUGUUAGUUUCCGUAAAAAUAUUUCAGUUCCAAGACAUGCUUAAUGAAAGUGAAGCAAACGGCCUAUUUAGGGCAAUUAUGUCAGGAACAAAUUGAUUGAUGAUGGCCACAUUUUUGGCAUGAUUUGCAUUUUUGCACGCUUGUCACACGUGGGCGACUCGUAAACAAACAAAGCAACGCUUGUUCCGUCGCAAAAUACCUUUUCUCUUGCAUAUGAAACUGAAUAAAGAAGUCACUGAAAUAAACACAUCGAAUUUUCGCCGGAUCUCCCUAAUGUUGUUUGGGAAACAGUGCUUGUGCUGUCGGGGUCAGUUAAGUUUUUGUUCUGUUCGAAUGUGUGGGGUGAUCUUGACUCGUUUAAUUUCACUUGGUCGCUUGCUUCUCUCGCUUUGAUUUCCUUUCUACUUGUUGCCAAAAGUUUAUUGAUUUUCCAAAUUUCGCUCAUAGCCUUUCGUGCACCUUUCAAUCCUAGACUAUUUGGGAGCUUUGAUAUUAAUAUCGGAAUUAAUAAACAUUGCCACAUUGAUCUGGGGACACACCUAAUGCAUCUAAUUUUCAUUGUAAACAAACCGAAUAAAUGAUAAUUGUUCAUUUGUUCAGGGUUGGAUUUUAAGAAGCUUGUCCAUAUGAGCAGAGAGAAUAGCAAUAGCUGCAUUAUAAAUUUCUAAGUAGACCUAUACAAUGCUUUUCUGUGUUCGUUCAUGUGGAUUAUCAUAUACGCAGGAUGACAACUUAAAAUUCUAUGACAGCUUCAGCGAAUUGCGCAAUUUGAUAAACUUAUCGCUGCAAAAGCCAUUUCCAAAGUUUGAAUCGUUGAAAAUAUGUUUCAUUUCGAACAACCAUAGUCCAAUUCACCUUUCGGCAAAUAGGUCACUUUUUCUAUAGAUCGUUGUUUUCGUGAUGUAAUUACAUAAACGUCGUUAACAUACAUCUAUAACAAUCACAUGAUGUCGGCGUACAUAAUUCACCAAAAAGUUCCUAAAGCUAAGGUCUAUAUAAGUCAUGAAAACAGAAGUCUAUAGGCAAAGGAAUGUAUUUUGUGGGAGGGUGCAUUCCAGUUCUAUUUCAAACCUACCAUAUAUACUUCUCCCCAUCCAACUUUCUAUGGCUCAACGCCUAUUAUUUGUAUUUAUGUAUUUAUUUUUAUCCUAAUUUUUACUUUAUGUUAUUCUAAUCGACAGGUGUUACCAUUGGUUCUAUUAUUCGUCCUAGCAUUUUCAUUGUCACUUUCCCUGCUCAUGCCUCUGGAUGAAGGUUUUAAUAACAUGCCCAUUUCGCUCCUAACCACAUUUGUCAUGAUGACAGGUGAACUAGAUUACCGAGAUACCUUCCUGGCUAGCGGACCACUUCAUUUCCUACAGAAAAUACUUCUUGUCCUAUUUAUACUUAUGAUUUCCAUCACUAUCAUGAAUUUACUCACUGGCCUUGCUGUUGGCGAUGCAAACGAGAUAAUGGAACGAUCAAAAGAAGAGAAAAGAAUUCAUAAGGUAAAUAAGACAUCAAUAACUGAUGGUAAAUGCAAACAAAUGUAUGCUACAAUUUAGCUAGAUGUCCUGAUUAAUGUUUUAUUCGGCGCACUUCCGAGCCCGCGAGAAUUCUGCGCGUCCAUGGGUGAGUACAGAAAUGUAAACACAAAAUCUAAAUAAACAACUAAAAUUAUAUUAAUAGGAAAUUAUACUUGUUCUCGAAGUACUAAUGAAAAAAUCGUACUUGUGUUUGGCGAAGUAUUUAAUAAUACCGCUCGCCUACUACGCGCAUUGAUUUGAAGGCGAUGACUAUAGGUUUAUUGUAAUUUUUAAGCGACUAAUUCUAUUAGUAGAAAGUUUCAACAGAAAACUAACACACAAAUAAUUACAAAAUCAAUUAAAAAUUAAAGUUAAAUUAAAGCUAUUCCAAAAUUCAACGUUUUUCUCAGCGGCUGCCGGUUAAGUUUUUCGUCAUUGGUUUUGCGACAAAAAUAACGUACUUUAUGUAUAUAAGUAAUACUCGAAUUUAACAGUCAGAUAUACAAAAUAACUUCAAUAAAGAAACUCUGUCCUGUUAAUUUUAGGGAGUUAACUUAACUUCAGUGGAGUUAUUUUCAACUUAAUUUUACUCCACAUUUAAAGUUAAAUUGGACUGAAAAUAACUUCACUGGAGUUAAAUUAACUUUCUUUAAUUAAUUAACAGUGUAGAGAAACAUUAACGUGUUGCUUCGUGCCGUUUGACAGCAACUAUAUACGCAUGCAUGUUUUUAAUGUACGGGUUAUGAUUUAACUUCAAUUUAAUCCUGACGUAGAACGACUGAUUUGAAUGUACAAUACACAUUAUGAACUCCACCUUUAAAUUUACUAUAUGAGUAUAAAUUCUUAAACACGUCCGAAUUUAUCAUUAUGAUAAAUUCGCGGCAAAUUUUGAAUUUAUCAUAAUAAUAAAUUCGCGGCACCUAACACUAACACUAACCCCAACUCCAACUCUAACCACUAACCCCUAACCACUAACCACUAACCCUAACUUUUUUAACUUUUUAAAUUUUUUUAACUUUUUUAAAAAUCUAACUUUUUAAACUUUUCUUGCUUUUCAAAACUCUUCUAAAACUUUUUUAAAAACUAUUUUUUUAAAAAACUUGAAAAACUCCUCAUCCCCGAGCGCCCAGCCUCCCUUUGGUGCCAUUACAUUUAUUACAAGAAAUCUUGUGUAAUGCUUGUGGUUUUAUGAUUAACUCUAUUGAUAAAUUCAAAAUGUGCCGCGAAUUUAUCAUAAUGAUAAAUUCGGACGUGUUUAAGAAUUUACUCAUAUAGUAAAUUCAAAGGUGGAGCUCAUGUUGACAAUACACAUUAUGAACUAGCUUACAGUAGUAUGAUAAAAAUAUUCUUUAAUUAUUUCACUGAUAUUUAGGCGAAGCUUGUCAUGACAAUGGAGAGCAGUUUACAUAAUUUUUUUCUGAUUCCACGACCUAAUGAAAUUGAUGAUUGCGAAGUGGAUUCUCUAGCAGAUGAAGAAAUGCAGCCCUCGUGGUGGUUACGACAAUGGAAAAAGGUAUUAAUUCAUUAAACAUAUCUUAAAGUUUGUGACAUGCAAAACCAAGAGAAAUUUCGUUUUGGAAAUGUUCAAUAGUCUGAUCCCCCAAAAUAAUCUUCGAGCUUACGUACUAUUUAAAGUACGCGUAGGAGUGUUUUAUCACAUAUAAAACACGACGCGUGUUUCAAAAACGACUCAUCUUAUACGAGUUCAUUGGCGAAGUAAUUUUUAAAAUAAACUUUGUCUAAACCAAGAAAAUCAAAGCUAAAGUUUAUGUAAAUUAACGUGAUUUUUUAUCACAUAUAAAACCACGACACGCUUAUGAUUUUGAAGGAUAAUUAAAGAUCCACAUAACUUAAGGAGAAAUCGCAUUAAGAAUUAUGUAAAUUCAUAUCAAUUUCAUUUUUAGCUCGCCUGCACUUUGGUGCGGAAGAGCUCAGGGCCGUAGCAAGCGGGGGGUGGGGGGAGGAGGUGGGGGUAAUACCCCUGAUAAUUGCUCAUGAGCAAUUUCAGGUAGAUUUCAGGUAGAUUUUCAGGUAAAUUCAGGUAGAUUUGCAGAAGAUAUUCGGGUAAAUUGGCACGCAAGUUCAGGUAAUUCCUAGGACAAGAGAAAGUUAAUUUUAAAAAAUAAUUAUGAAUUUUGAAAAAAUUGAGGUAUUUUUGACAAAAUUUAGGAUAGUCUAGAAAUUUUCGGAAUUUUAGAAAAAAUUGAGAUAUGUCCGAAAUUUUUUUUUUUAUAAUCAGGGAAAAUAUGUUAUGUCCGGAAAAUUUUUUUUGUAUAACCCGGGAAAAUUUGAUGUCCCGAAAAAUUAUGAUAUGUCCGGAAAAUUUUUGUAAUUACCGUUGAAUGAUACUAUGGCUACGGGGGGUGGGGGGAGAGGCCGCAAAAAAAUUUUCAGGUAAAAUUUGAAAUUUGAAUAAUUUCAGGUAGAUUUAACCCCCCCCCCCUGUAGCGAGUUCCUCGCGACGGCACUGGAAGAGCUAUUGCUGUAGUAUGGCUUCCGCGGUCCACACCAAAUGAUAAGAUGUUAAGAUACUUUUAAGUAGUACUUAAAAUACGAGAAGGAGUGUUUUAUCCUACUGUUUAAAACGCGAGGCGCAGCCGAGCGUUUUAGAUAUGAUAAAACGCGAGCUCGAGUGUUUUGAAUAGCUUAAAAUACGACUACAAAAGAAUACUAAUUAGGAUAAACAAUUAUAUAAUUAUACUAAUUAGGAUGAAAAAUUAUAUAAAGAAUACUAAUGAAGAUGAGUUUAUUCGAAGUCACUCCACGUGAGAUAUUAUUGCUGACAUGAUUUGCCACAAGGUUUAUGAUGUUUAAUGAGUAUUUUAAAGUCUGUAGAAAAGUCCCAUGCAGUUAUUAUUACGCGAUUAUAAUUCAGGAAAGGCGUACAAUGUUCACUACAAAUAUCUCGCAAGUAUGAGCUAAUUGGUCUUUCUUUUCUUGUAUAAAAUUUUAAAUAAAGAUUAGGACUAGAACAUAAAUAUACAAAACAUUUGUAUAUAUGCAAUUUAUACAUACAAAACAUUUGAUUGCUCUUCUUUAAAUGAAAAUGACUGUUAAAACAAAGCAUUAAAAACGACAAAAUGCAUGUAUAUAGAAUAGAAUAUAUGCAUGUAUAUUUUACUUGAUUUAGUUGAAUUCAGUUUAAUUAAAAAGUUAAAAGUUCUGACAACCUCCCUAAAGCCGGUUUUCCACUAGGCGGAAAAAGUCCCUCCUCCUCGGUGGAUGCUUGAAAAUUAUAAGAAACUUAUCUUUCAAAUAAUGAAUGCCCCUUGGUAGAGAAGAGUAACCAUUUUUGAGGUCUAUUUGCAAAAUUAUUUCUCAUAAAUAUUCUCUAAUUUUACGUUCAACCAAGUAUAGGCAGCAUUCCAACUACACGCUGCUGUGAAAAACGAGUCACUGAAACUGAUGCAUUGAGAUUUUGGUCUUCUCACUCGAUAGAACAAACAAUUAAAGGGUUUUGUAGAUGGAAAGAGCGGAGUUUGUAGCCUAUAUAUAUAACAUUUUGACCUAAUAUAUCAGGACCAUGGAACUGCGAAAAAAUGCAACUAUAAGCUCUUUGGCAGGAACCUAACUUGCGGCUUUAACAAGUUUCUUUUUAAUAUUUAAAUUAUUUUAUUAACACUUAGUUUUACGAUGAUGAAGUGGAUGAACCUGCAGUAAAACCAAUGGCGAAUGAAGAGAAGAACGACUAUGGAAAGCAAUUUGAUGAACUGAGUGAAAAAAUUGAAAAAACGAAUGAAUUGGUGAAGCAAAUGUUAGAAAAAAUUCCACCUGGCGGCAAAGGCCGGCGUCGAAAUUUAGCUGUUUAGAAGAAUAUAGCUGCAACGGGUAUGCAUGCAUGGCAAUCUUGCAAUAAACAUGUCAUAUAAAACAAUAAAAUAAAGUAUGCAGCAAUCUGUGCAAGUCUCAUGCACAUAAGGUUUUAACGGUUGAAACAGACAUUUUCCUGCAUUUUGUCAACUUAAUUGGCACAUUUAUUCUCUUAAUUAUUGCAUUUAUUCUCUUGUUCCUAAUUGCAUGCUGCGAGAGAAGCGAGCAGCAUACUAUUCUUUGAUGGUUACUCGAUUUAUGCAGGAUAUUUAUCAUUCGAGAUGACCUUUCUAAUACUCGAUUUAAGGAUAUUUUUCAUUUACCCAACCAGACACACGUGCUCUCAAGUUCUUUUCAAAUUUUAUUCUAAUGCAAGGCGACCGCAAAAGAAGAAGAGAGAAGGUAAUUGCAGAAAAAUAAUGUUCAAUUCAACUGUUUAUAUCUGGAAGCAUUCAUCAAGGGAACGAACGUUUUAAUGAGAGUUCAAGGGGAAGGCAAUGUUCGUGUAAUAUGAUUUUUUCAGCCCUGUAUAUAAUUACAAAUGCAUGCACGUUGUUGAACUUUAGGCUUCCCAUAUAGUAAGUAAAAUAUUCGCCCCAUAUGCAUUGAGACGGAUUUCAUUGAGGUGAAACGAGGUCCGGGUCGAUUUGGGUCGAUUCAUUUUUUAAACAAGGAACGGCUUAACCGACUACUCUUUUAUUAAUAAACUUUUUUAAAACCUUUUUCUGAC